AUGGAGUAUUCAUUGAAAAAUUUUGUGAUUUCGGAAAAUCUUAAAGAUUCCGCAAAAACGUUUUAUAGUUCUAAUGUUAUCGGUAGAGACAUAUUGACCAGUUAUGAUUUGGUAAUGGAUCAUUUCAAAAAUUGUCACAGUCAUUCCUCAGCACAUCAUCAUAGUACAGUAGUUAAUGAUGUCAAUACCCAAGUACUAUAUGAAAAUCAAGAGGAAUCGGAUAUAUAUUUCAACUUUAAUUCCCAAACAACUACAAGCAAUCAGUUUUCAGACUUUAAAAAUGAUUCAUCAUCAUAUCAUGCAGAUCGACAAAAGCAAAGAAGAAUGCGUACCACAUUUAGUUCGGCCCAAAUAAAGGAACUGGAAAAAAUAUUCCAGGAAACACAUUACCCCGAUAUAUAUACACGUGAAGAAAUUGCAACAAAAAUUGAUCUAACCGAAGCCCGGGUACAGGUUUGGUUCCAGAAUCGAAGAGCUAAAUUCCGAAAACAGGAAAGACAUUCUAUACAUAUCAGCAGAUCGACGCCUUCAUACUAAAUAUACAAC